CUACGCACACACACUUCCAUUCUCUCUUUUCUUUUUGGUUUUCAUGAAGGCCGUUAAGGAGGGGGAUAACCUCCAAGGAACCUUGACUAAAUUAAGAAAGUAAAAGGACUGAGAGUGGUCGUGGGUACAAAUUACAAUCCAAUGAAUUUUUUACUCAUCUCAAAUUUUUUGAAAUUCCAAAACUUUCAAAAACCUUGUCCGGUGAUGGUUAUAAGUCCUCCUGCAAUAAAAAAAAACUGAAUGCUAACUCGGCCAAUGAUCCGUAGCAUUAUUUUUCCAACAUCCCAUAAAUAGUGCUCACUCACCAAUAAUUGCAACAUGCAUUAAAUUUUGAUGGUUUAUGCGUCUGAGUUUAAAGCUGGAGAAGUGCUUCUAAUGUGAGUGAUGGUGAUGGUGAUGAUGAUUUAGUUUUCCAUCCACAAACCUGUCCUCUUCUUGCAAUGAAUGCACCCAACAAACUGCUGACCUAAUAACCACUUCCAUCCCAGGCACACAAUAUGAUACAGUGUAUGUGAAGAAAGUGACAGCUCAGCUCUCUCUUAAAAUACCAACAGUGUUCCUUCUUCUCUUUUCAUUCUCUUUGCCAGCCAUGGCCAUGGCCUCCGCAGCUGCCAAACUCUCUUACCAGAGGCUCAAGCACGAUAUUUGGUUCGAUGAAGAAGAUAAUGUGGUAAGGAGGAGAUUGGGGGAGCAAUCAAGGCUGAGAAGAUUUCCCAUCAGGAGAAAACUGAGGGUGAAGAUCCCUCGGCUGAGGAGGUUCUUGGGGAGAAAAGUGAGACAGGUAAGAGGCGCAUGGAAAAAGGUGUGUAGGAGACUCAAGGAAAGUCAGUCCCAUUUUGGGGAUCUUUUUGCUGGAAAUUAUUUGUUCAUGCAGGUCAAUCCAACUCCAUUGAAGUAUGCUGCUGAUAAUAGUUUUUGUUACAAGUCUUUUGCUAAAGGCCACAGUAAUCAUCAAUAUAGUCCUGCCCUGUGUCCUUCUAGGCUUUCUGAUGUUCCUAGGGUUGUUUAGAAUUGUUUUUGUCUUGUGUGCUAUAUUGGAAUGGACUUCGUCGCUGGUAACUGUACCAUACAUAUCUCGUAAGAUUAUGAAGUUGGUUUCGAUUUUGGAUA